GCCGCAUGCACCAACCCCGCCCGGCAAACUGACAACCACCAUGUUUUAGAUACGUACUGACUCGUCCAUCUAUCAUGGAUGAGACUCGGCCCUGCCAGCAAGUGAGGCUUCGGGACAACUAGUUGUUCAUCUGUUUGGGAGAGAAUUGUUUCCGAUCGCGUCAAGUCACCGGUCAAAAAGCUGUGGCAGUUCUGAAGUCCCACACAAUGGCGUCCCCAAUCUUCACACUCGCCCUCUCCCUCCUCUCCAUCCUACUCACCUACCGCUACCUCCUCUAUCCCCUCCUAAUAUCACCACUGAGCAAGGUGCCCCCAGCCCACUGGACCGCGCCCAUCUCGCCGCUAUGGAUCCUCUACACCCGCCGCCGCCGGAACGAGAACGCCACCAUCCACGCCCUCCACCAGCGCCUAGGCCCGCUAGUCCGCCUCGGCCCCAACGAGAUCUCGGUGAACUGCGUCGACGGCGGGGUGCGGACCAUCUACGGCGGCGGGUUCGAGAAGGGCGACUGGUACGGCGUGUUCAACAACUACGGCAAGGCCAACAUCUUCUCGUCGCUGCGGCGCGGGGAGCACAGCGCGCGCAAGCGCAUGCUGAGCAACGUCUACGCCAAGUCGACGGUCCAGUCGAGCGCCGCGCUGCACGGCAUCGCCGAGGCCGUGCUGUGCGGCCGCAUGCUGCCCCGGCUGCACGAAUCCGGGGACGCCGUCGAGGCGUACGAGCUCUUCUCGGGCGUGGCGAUGGACGCCGUCACGGGGUACUGCUUCGGGCUGGCGCAGGGCAGCGACUUCACGCGGGACCCGGCGCGCUGCAGGGCGUGGGUCGUCGGCUACAAGGCGCGGCAGGCGUACAUCUUCUGGCCGCAGGAGAUGCCGCGGCUGACGGCGCUCGCGGGGCUGCUGGGGCUGAGGCGCUGGCUCGUCCCGCGGUGGGUCGACGCCGCCAACGACGGCAUCGCGGCGUGGGUGCUGGGGCUGUGCGACGCGGCGGAGGCGGCCCGCGGCGGCAGGGACAGGGCGGACCCGAGGGACAGGGCGACCGUGUUCAACCAGCUGCGGGGCAUGCUCAGGAAGUCCCGCGGCCGCGGCGACGACGCCCCGCUGGAAGGGGACGAGCGGCUCGAGAUCGCAUCCGAGCUCAUGGAUCAGGUGCUCGCCGGGUUCGACACCACGGGCAUCACCAUGACGUACCUGGCGUGGCAGCUGUCCAAGCCCGAGAACAGGGGCGUCCAGCGGGCGCUGCGGGAGGAGCUCAGGGCGGCCGGGGCGGUGUGGGCGGCGGCGGCGGCGGACGACGACAAGGGCGGACAAGAAGGAGGGGUGGCGGGCAGCCGUGGGCCAGCCAGCCCCAGCCCCGACUUCAAGACCCUCGACAGCCUGCCGCUGCUGCACGCCGUCGUGAUGGAGUCCCUGCGGCUGCACGCCGCGAUCCCGGGCUGCCAGCCGCGCGUCACGCCCCAGGGAGCAGUGCUGGGGCCGGCGGCGGCGGACUGGAGCGUCGGGGGCCUGCCCGCCGGCGUGCGCGUCAACUCGUACGCGUACGCGCUGCACCUCAACGCCGAGGUCUUCCCGCAGCCCGAGAGGUGGGACCCGUCGCGGUGGCUGGAUGAUGAUGGUGCCCGCGGCGGCGGGGAGAAGGCGAGGUGGUUCUGGGCGUUUGGGAGCGGCGGGCGGAUGUGCAUUGGGUCCCACCUGGCUGUGGUGGAUAUGAAGAGUAUCGUGGCUGCGAUCUGGGGGAAUUUUGAGACUGGGAUUGUCGAUGAUGCUGGGAUGAUACCCAAAGGUGGGUAUACGUGUGAGCCGUUGGGGUCACCCGAGGGCAACUAUUUGUUGUUGAGCUUCACGCCAGCAGACGAGGUUGUGGCAUCUUGA